ACCGAAAAUAACGUGAACGUAAGGACUACAUGUAUCACACCUUUGUUUGUUAUGUGACUCAAAUCCUUUUCAUGUUCGGUAUAUAUAUAAUAUAUAUAUAUUCUUUUCGCUCAUCUAAGCUUUCAUUGGAGAGCCGGUGAGGCAGCUAUAUCUACUGGAGAACAUUGCCUGUAGGUGAACUUUGAAACACCGUCACUGUUGUUAAUUCAUGUAAGUACGGUUACGCGAAACCCGGACCAAAUGUAAAGGGUGUUUGAUUUUUGAGGAAGGACAAGGUGAAGUGCAGUGAAAAAGGAGAAGUAUUCUUUUAUUAAAAAAACAAAAAAAACAAUAGAUCUCUAAAAUACAUUACAUAUAGAUGUUCUGAUAAUAUUCAAGAUUACCAUUCAGGGAUUAACACUGUUCCGUGCUGCCUUCUGAAGACAAUACGAGUGCUGGCCUUCAUUUGUACCUUCCCAUAUUUGCUCGUGUCAUUAAAAAGAGCUGUACAAAUCAAGUGGCACGCAGCUCAUUGGCUUCUGCACUCUGUGGUAAAAAAGGUGUGGCCUUGGCUGUUGAGUACUUUGAGGAAUGGUGCUUGCGAGAGACGUGAGAGUGGAGAAUAAAGGAGUGGAGUGACAGACAGAACUGUAGCGCUUAAAGCAUUUGGAAAUCUACUCAGGAACUCUAGAUAGUGUCUCUCAUCGGGCAGUGAGAUCCGUUUCACCAUGAGUCAAAGUCAGGCGAAAGAUGGCGAGUAUGACAACUUAGGGUUCCAGCACCAGGGAGAAAGACCACCUCCAUACCCUGUGCAGCAGAUGGUAUAUCCUAACCCAUAUCAGACGACUUCACCACCCGUCAACACCUGGAACACUACAUCAGCCGGAUCGCCGUAUCCUACAAGACGAAAUAAAGGAUCAAAGUCAUGUCACUGGAGAAACAUCCUGUGCAUAUGCCUGGCCGUGUUCUUCGUCCUGGCAGUGAUUGCAGCCGUGCUGUGGUACUUCUUUUACUACCAGUGUAUCCUGGGGAAGUCGUGCAGAGACGGCGGGCAGUGUCUGAGCCCCUCCCAGUGGUGUGACGGCGUCAGGGACUGUUCGCAUGGAGAGGACGAAUCUCAGUGUUUUCGUUUGCAUGGGGCCAACUCCAUGCUACAGGGAUACACGGCAAGUAACGAGCAGUGGAUGCCCGUGUGCGCUGAGAACUGGAAUAACAACUAUGGGAAAGCCGUGUGUGAGCAGAUGGGCUACGAUAGAAAGGAUUAUGUGUCCUACGGUCAAACCAGUGCUGGUUCUUUGGCCGCCAAUGGAUACUUGACGCUGAAGCCUGGAAGUUAUUAUGGAUCAUACGUGACGUCACAGCUCACUCACAGCCAGAGUUGCUCAACCCAGGCUGUCACACUUAAAUGUAUCGAAUGUGGGAAGAGUUUAGCAGCUACCAGAACUCGAAUCGUGGGUGGCACAGAAGCUGUAAAUGAGGCCUGGCCGUGGCAGGUCAGCCUUCAGAUAAAUGGCCAACAUGUUUGUGGAGGCUCCAUUAUUGCCCAGACCUGGAUCCUGUCCGCUGCACACUGCUUUGAAAGCUACAACAACCCACGACAAUGGCGCGUAUACUACGGCAACGUCAGACUGUCUCUAAUGACCAAUGGCAUUAAAGUUGAUAGAAUCAUCAGUCAUCCAAAUUAUAAUUCAAAAACAAGUGACAGCGACAUCGCUCUCCUAAAGCUGAGUUCACCUCUGCCUUUUUCAUCCACAGCGAAGCCAGUUUGUCUUCCCAACGCCGGCAUGUCCAUAAAUUCGCCCGGAACUCGAGCCUGGAUCACAGGGUGGGGUGCCUUGUUCUCAUCUGGGCCAACGCCUCCGAUAUUAAAUCAAGCCAGUGUGACUAUAUACAGCAGAGAGACCUGUAAUGCACCCAACGUGUUAAGCGGGUUAGUCACUGAGACUAUGAUCUGUGCGGGCAAACUGGAUGGAGGAGUUGACUCUUGUCAGGGUGACAGCGGAGGCCCCCUGGUGGUUGAAGUUGGGAAUGUGUGGUUCCUCGCUGGAGACACCAGCUGGGGGAUUGGAUGUGCUGAGAGGAACAAGCCAGGAGUUUACGGCAAUGUCAUUUACUUCAUUGACUGGAUAUACGAACAGAUGCAGAAUGAGUGAUGGAGACAGCUGUGAAGUACUUUAUCACAAACUAUGCACUUUGAAAAAUUGAUGGGAUUUGUUAAUCAGGGAGAUUUUAUUAAACCAAAGCACUGGACAGAAUGAAACUGAAAAUGAAUGAAACACAUCAUUACUUUUUUUUAUAUGUUUGUUUUUAGCACGCACUCAGUGCCUGUAUCUAAACAAAAUGAACUAUUUAUUUGUUUCAAUAAAAUGAAUUGCAUGUG